AUGGCACCAUCACAACUCGUUUCAUUGUACAGCCAGCUGCAGCAAACGUUCAACGCGCGUCCAUCCGACCUGAAGAAAUGUGGUGUGCUACUAGCUCAGUUGAAGGUUGGCCUUGUUGAGAAUGGCCUGCUAGUACCAUUGGGGGAUGCUAGCCUAGAGGAUCUGGUCAUGGCCCGUGAUAUUCUGGAAAUUGGAGCAUUCUGGAGUAUACGAUCAAGAGAUAUACCCUCCUUUGACCGUUACUUCUCGCAACUUCAGACAUUCUAUAACGACUACAGGCAUGUGCUCUCCUUUUCGGUCCUCCCGCCAUCACCCCGUGAAUAUCCCAUUCGUGGCCUGUACCUCAUCCGCCUACUCACACAGAACCGCAUCGCCGACUUCCAUACAACCCUCGAAUCACUCCCACUCGCUGCCGAUUCCCUGACCGCGAACCCAUAUAUCCAGCAUCCAGUUAAUCUAGAACGAUGGCUUAUGGAAGGUAGCUACAGCAAGGUUUGGAAUGCGCGCGAAGAGGCGCCAGCAGAAGAAUAUAAGUUUUUCGUGGAUAGUCUCAUGGGUACCAUCAGGAACGAGAUCGCCAGCUGCGAAGAGGCCGCCUAUGAGAGCCUGCCAAUAAAGGACGCCGGCACGCUGCUAUUCUUCAACACCCAGUCUGAACUCUUGAGCUUCGCUCAACAACGGGGAUGGCAAGUCAACGUACAAGCCGGAACGAUAACAUUCGCGAAGAAGAGCGAGGAGAAGAUCGAAAUUCCUAAAGAGAAGCUCAUUGCAGCAAACCUAUCACUUGCACGUGAGCUAGAGCAGAUUGUAUGA